AUCCUGCCAUCCCAUUAUGUCAACAGAUGGGGUUUCACUGCUGAAGCUAGCUCUCGCAGAGCCAUUGGAGGAGGCACCAGAAAUGACGGUGUAUUCAGCAACGUAGCUGCCAAACCAUCGCAAGGCGUACGUAUACAGGAAGGGGACAACGUAUAUCUCGUUCCAGAAGAAUCUUCCAAUACAGCUCCCCCCACUUAUGCAGCAGCUCAAGCUGACGCUGCCCCUCCUUACCACACUCAUUCAAUCUUCCUUCCUUCUUCCAUUCAUGCAUCCCUCACUCUCUCCCAAGGCUGUGUCGUCGUAGAUGGCCUUCCUACAGGCACCCUUUUCUCCUUCCUCUGGAACGCCCUCAUCAGCGUCACCUUCCAAUUCAUCGGGUUCGUUCUCACAUGGGUCAUGCACACAACCCACGCCGCUCGUUACGGCAGCAGGGCGGGUCUUGGCGUUACUUUAAUCCAAUGGGGCUUUAGCCUCCGCGCGCGGUUAGACGACGUAAAUGGUACACUUCUAGGCUCAGACCCAGCCGAUGCCUGGCCCACAUUCGCAAGCACCCAAGACGCCAACGAGUGGUUGGACGCCAACCUCGACCGCCUCAAUAAUACCACACUCGCUUCUACCGAUGAUAUAUCUUCCUGGUCCAAUGCCGGAGAAGGAGCACAAGUAAACAAUGGGUUCCUCGCAAACACAGCAGCCAAUGAGUGGCUUUCCUUCUUCCUCAUGACAGCCGGCUGGUUCCUCCUUCUCACAAGCGCUUUCGGUUUCUGGCGCGUCAAGCGCUGGGAA